GCCCCGUUCCGUUGUAUAUAAACAGUGUCUCUACAUCGCCUCCCUCACACAUCAAUCACCAUGCUCUCCCCUUCUCUCUCCUCUCCAUUUCCCCGAUCCUCAUCACCUCAUGUUAGAAUCUCCGUCGACCGCUCCCCUCACUCGCCGCCCUCCAUCGGCUUCCGACCACCACGCGCCGCCGCUGCGGCUUCUUGCGCCUCUCCGUGCUCAUCGCUGUAUGAGGUUCUCGGAAUUUCGAUGGGGGCCUCCUGCCAGGAGAUCAAGACGGCUUACCGGAAUCUCGCCAGGACUUGCCACCCCGACGUGGCCUCCGCCGUCGACCGGGAAGGCCCGUCGGCGGCCGACGAGUUCAUGAAGGUUCACGCUGCCUACUCUACCCUGUCCGAUCCCGGAAAGCGGGCCGAUUACGACCGGACUCUUUUCCGGCAGUACCGUACUGUUGGUGCUUAUUCCGGUAUCUCGGCUUCUCCAACAACGGUGAUGUCGAGGUUUUCAGGUUACUAUACUCCUCGGAAUUGGGAGACGGAUCAGUGUUGGUAACGAGUAAUUAAUCAAGUUGCGCGAAAGCUGACUCGGUUACUUAAUAAUAACCACAAAACUAAAGAUGGAUUGAACUAACUAAACAGCACGAAGAGUAAAGACAACACAGUGCUGAGCAGAGGCACGGUCACUAUACAUCCACAUUUUGUACAGAGUUUAGAAUGUGUUUUCUUUUCCUUUUUUUUUUUUUUUUGGAAUUGUAUAGUGUUCCGGGCAAGUUUGUGAGCACAAAUUGUAUCGGUUUUUUUGGUAUGAUCUUACAGGAGUC